AUGGAGAAUGAAAGGGAAGAAGGUUUGUCAACUAGUGUCAGUGUUGAGGGUGUUGAAGAGAUUCAAGUAGAGGGGGAAGCAGAUUUGACAACAAUGACAGAGGAUAAUGAUAAUCCCCUGGGCUUGAACGACAUGUGGCUUUCUAAUGAAGAAGAAGUUUGUGAAUAUGAGGGUGGAGUUUAUGAAAAUUAUGUUGAUGAGGAAUCCUUUGAUGAAACUUCAAACCAGGGUGAUUCAGAGAGAGAUGAAAACGAUGGUGAUAGUGUUGGAAAUGGUGCGUCUCAGCAAAGGACUGAAGAGUCAGCGGAACCACAUCUUGUACCUAUUAACUGUAAGGAAGACUAUUUGCAGUUAGAUUUCGGAUGCGUUGGCCCUUUGGAUGUAGGCAAGUACCUUUUUGCAAAUGUGGAACUUGCUUAUGAUUUCUAUCAUUGGUAUGGAAGAAUCAUGGGGUUUUCAGCCCGUAGAGGUACCAUACGCAGAAAUACAAAAGGGGAAGCUGUGCAGCAAACUUUUUUGUGCCAUAGACAAGGUUUUCGUGAAGACAAAGGGAAUUCUGACGCAAUGAGAUUUAGAAGAGCUAAGGCUGAUUUCAGAUGUGGAUGUGAAGCGAAAUUCCGGGUGCACAUUGACCCUCCCUCACAACGAUGGUAUGUAACUUGUUUUGAAGAUGGACAUAACCAUGAGCUUUUGCCGAAGCAGCAUGGUGGUUUUUUGGCUGGGCAUAGGAAAAUGCAUGAUGCUGACAUUAUGUCAAUGAAUGGUUUCAUGAAGUCGGGUAUAAGUGCACCAGAAAUAUUUAAUUCAUUUGCCAGUCAGUCUGGAGGUUAUGAGAAUGUGGGGUUUGGUCAGAAAAAUAUGCAAAAUCAACUUGCCAAGCAAAGGCGGUCACAUAUGUCAGAUGGGCGGAACGCACUGGAUUAUCUUAGAUGGUUGGGUAUGAAUGAUGAACUAAUGUUUGAGCGGCACACGGAGGAUGCCGAGCACGGAGUUGAACAUUUGUUUUGGUGUGAUGGGAUCAGCCGAUACAAUUACAAAGUGUUUGGAGAUGUACUUGCUUUUGAUGCUACUUACAAAAAAAACAAGUAUCGGCGACCUGUGGUGAUAUUUUCGGGUGUCGACCAUCACAACAGAACAAUUGUAUUUGCUACUGCAAUUGUGGAAAAUGAAAGUGAACAAACCUAUGUUUGGUUAUUAGAGCAGUUUGCUGAAGCAAUGAAUGGCAAGUUACCGGGUGCUGUCAUAACCGAUGGUGCAACGGCAAUGCGCAACGCUAUUAGAAGAGUCUUUCCGAACGCUCAUCAUCGGCUAUGUGCAUGGCAUUUGCUUAAAAUAGCAAAUAAAAAGAUUGCGAUUCCUGAAUUUUUGCCUAGGUUCCGGACAUGUAUGUUAAGUGACUAUGGUAUUGGUGAAUUCAAGCGAAGGUGGGCUGCAAUGGUGACAGAACUGUGUCUGGAGGAUGAUAUUUGGAUUAUUGAAAUGUACGAGAAAAGGGAAAUGUGGGCUGCCACUUACUUUCGUGGGAAGUUUUUUGCUGGUUUUAGGACAACAUCAAGGUGUGAGGGUUUUCACUCUCAACUAUUGAAGUUUGUCCGAUCAAGGCACAACUUGAGUGAUUUUGUUCAGCACUUCCAUCGAUGUCUUUCGUACAUGCGUUUCAAAGAAUUAGAGGCUGAUUUCAAGUCUGGUUUUGGUGAUCUUCCUUUGCAAACCAAUUUUAGAGGACUUGAAAGGUCAGCUGCAAGAAUACUCACUAGGGAAGUAUUCAAUUUGUUUGUCCCUACUAUUAGCCUUGCAUCAGAGAUGAUUGUCACAGAAUUGAUACGUGCUGUCGGUCACAAACGGUAUCAAGUUGUACAGUAUCGAAGGGAGUCAAAGGCAUGGAAUGUUUACUAUGAUCCAUCCACAGUUGACUUCAAGUGCUCAUGUGAAAAGAUGGAGACAUAUGGACUGCCAUGUGAGCAUAUUUUGGGGGUUCUUGUAUUUCUCCACAUUAGCGAGUUGCCAAAUUGUCUAGUAUCUAAACGCUGGAGUAAAGGUGCAAAAGAUUGUUAUAAUGGGGAAGCAAUGGAAGGGUCCAUAUUUUGGGAAUCUGAUGUUAUUGCUAGAUAUGUUUGUUUGGUAGAGUCAUGCAGGGAAUUGUGCUCAAUGGCUAGUAAGACUGUUGAAGAUUUCAACAGUGUUAAAGAGAAAAUUGCGCAUGAAAAACAGUUACUAAAAGGCAUGAAUGUUACAGAUGAGGGCAACAACAUUGAAAGCGAUCCUAAUGUCCUUGGGGGGGUUAAUACUUUUGGACCUGUUAGGCGGCAGCGUGUUCAUGCAACAUCGUCAGCGUCUGGUUUAACUACGAAGCGUACCAUCAGAUGUACUGCAUGCAGAGUUGCUGGGCACAACAGAUUGACGUGUCCUUUGUUAAGAGACAUUGACUAUGGAGACGACAACUUUGAAAUGGUUGGAGAAAAUGACAGUACGUUUAGUCAAGAUGAAGGCGAUGAAGAUGGUGACUACGAAGGUGAUUACUAUGAGGAUGAAUGUAUGUCACUUACCUAG